AUGCAGUUGACCAUAAAAAAAAUCCACAACAAUCCUAUUUUUCAUACUUUCUCCAUAAUUGAUCUUACUCCACCUUACUUGUUACAAAACACGUCCUUCCUCUUUUUUCCCUAUCCAGGCUCAAGUAGUUGCGGUUUGCGCUUCCCCGUUCAUGCCAUUAGCAGCAGUAUAAGGGUCGGCAUUGGCCGCAGCAAGCCAGCUGCUGAUGACCUAGCUAUUAGGUCUACAUCCGACCCAACUGGUGAGAACAAUAUCAUGGCCUUACAUGCAGACCUAGGAGGUGAUUAUAGAGCUAAUGAAGAGGAUCAUUCCAGUCAAAACAACUUCCUUUUGGACCCAGAUGUGCUCACCGAUGAGCCCACCCAAGCUCUCACCCUGGCUGUUUUAGUGAGCUUCACGCCUUCAGAGAUUAAAUAUGAUUGA